AUGCCCCGUUCCCCUGUCCCGACUACCACCAAGGGGCAGAGCAUCGGAGACUAUGUGCUAGGGACAUCUAUCGGCAAGGGCGCCUGCUCGCAGGUGCGGCUGGGGAGGCACGUGCCCACGGGCACCCAGGUGGUGAUAAAGAGCAUGGUCGGGCGCGAUGUCUCGCGAGAGCUGCGGUGUUUAAGAACCCUACAGCACCGAAAUAUCUCGCGAUUGCUGGAGGUUGUGGUGGCCCCCGAAGAGGUACAUCUGGUGAUGGAGCACGUGCGCGGCGGGGACCUGAGGGAGCACCUGGAGCGGCGCGGCCGCCUCACCGAGCGCCAGGCCCGCGCGGUGUUCCGCCAGAUCGCCAUGGCCCUCCACCUGUGCCACCUGCGGGGCUUCGCGCACCGGGACAUCAAGCCGGACAACAUCCUCUUAGAAGAAGACCUCACCGCCAAGCUGGCGGACUUCGGCCUCAGCCACGAGGCCACCGCGGGCCAGCUGCUCACCAGCUGGUGCGGGACACUCUCCUACAUGGCGCCCGAGGUGCUGCAGCGCGAGCCCUACGAUGGGCUGAAGGCCGACGUCUGGGGGCUGGGCGCCUCCCUCUACAAGGCGGUGACGGGGCGCGUGCCGUUCCCGGGCGACAGCGAGGAGAAGAUAAUGGAUCGCAUAGUGGAGGGGCGCUACAAGCCGCCCUACUACAUGUCGGAGGCGGGCAGGAGCUUCCUCCAGCGGCUCCUGACGGUCGACCCCGACCAGAGGCCGACCCUGGAGGAGGCCAUGCGGAUGCCCUGGAUGGACCUGGGUCCAGAAGACCUGCCUCCCGACAGCGAGCCGCCCGGGGAGGACCUGGACCCCCAGGUGGUGGAGACCAUGCGCGGCAUGGGCUUCAGGGAGGAGGACAUCAGGGACUCCGUGGCGGGCCAGACGUUCGAUCGAAUAAUGGGGACUUACCGCAUCCUCCUCAUGACCAUGGGCAGGAUGGCCAUGGGGAGGAUGCCGGGCCGCACCGUCCAGGUGAGGCCCUACCGGCCCCCUGACACCGGGGCCGCCACCCCUUCCAGCCGCCAGGGGUCCCGGGCAUCGGGGGGCUCGUCAGGACCAUCAGAGGCGAGCCCCCCCUGCCCUUGGGCGAAGAAGAUCAGCGCCCCGCUGCCCAGCCUGGAGACCAUCGCCUCCUCCCCUCCUCCCCUGGAGUCUGUGCAGGCGCUCCAGCCAGAGGGCUCGCCAAGACCAUCCAUGGUGAGGCCCCUGUGCCUGGGGGUGAAAAAGACCUACGCCCCGCCCGCGCCGCCGCCCAGCCUGGAGACCAUCGCCGCCUCCCCUCCUCCCCUGGAGUCUGUGCAGGCGCUCCCGCCGGGGACCCGCGGCCCAGCCCCGCAGCUCCGCCCUGGGGGCGCCCCCACCCCCCGCACCAGCAACCGAUUCCGAUUCCGCAGCAGUGAGAGCAAGGCUGUAAAGGCUGUAAAGGCGGGGAACGAGGCUGUAAAGGUGGAGAACAAGGCUAUAAAGGUGGAGAGCAAGGCUGUAAAGGUGGAGAACCAGGAGGGAGGCCCCCCAGGAAGCUCCCCUCAAGAGGGCAGCCCCUCAGCCUCUCCCGCCGCCAACACCCGGGCCCGGCCGGGCUUGGCGCAAAGGGCCUGGAAGACGUUCCUAAAGGUCUUCUGCUGCGGCGUUGACACAAUCAAACCCCGAAGGAAGAGAACCAAAGUCCAACCUGGUAACACUUGA